AUGAAUGACGAUGACCUCAUCAAUCAGGUAUACCGAAAGAUUGAGAGGGAGAAGGUCCUUAUCAACGCCGCAAACAACAUGCGCCAAUCCUCAAAUCCACAAGUGCAGCAGAGCUUGGAUUCCCAAAUAAGAGAGUCACGAAAGGGGAUAGACUAUCUUGAAGAAAGAAUGAGAGAACUACAGAUGCGAAGGAUGGAGGCAAUGGGGUCGGGAAGCAGUGGUGGACCUCAACCUCCAGCACAUGGGGGCUUAUCACCUCAGCAAAGAGGAGCGCGGAACGCACAAAGGCCAGUCGGACCAACACCUGCACCUAGGGAUGGAGGAGCACGUUUUGGUCAAGAUUCUGGUGACUACGGAGAUCCGGGUAAUGGAGGAUACAUGAACGACAUGAGCGGAGGCCACGGCAUGAUGCCUCCACGAGCCCCAUUCGGUCCUCCUGGUCCGGGGUCUACAACACCCAAAACGAGACCGAACUAUACAAAACUUGACCUAAUUAAAUACGACACUGCUUAUCUAGGACCCCGAAUACAGCUUAUGCUCUCCCAGCUAGAGUUCAAACUGAGCGUUGAAAAACAAUACAAGGAUGGCGUGGAAAAGAUGGUCAGGCUCUACCAAGAUGAGGGGGACAGGAAGAGCAAAGCCGAUGCAGAGGCCCGACGAAUAGAGAGCAACCAGAAGAUCCAGCUCCUGAAACAGGCUUUAAAGAGGUACGAGGACCUGCACGUAGACAUGGAAAGCACCAACGAUGCGCCAGAUGAUGACAGCUUGAAUUCCCCAAACAUGCGGAAGCCCUUGACAGGUCUCCUCUCCAUGACCGUACAUGCCGUCAAGGAUGUAGACCAUGUCGCCAUUGGGAGGCUUGCUCGGAGCCCAGAGACGUUUGUCGUGUUGAAGGUUGAAGAUACGGUCAAAGCGAGAACGAAGAGUACGAGGAUCGACAAGUGGACCGACGAGGUUCACCAGAUCGACAUUGACAAGGCCAACGAAAUCGAAUUGACUGUGUACGACAAAUCCGGAAGUCACCCGACACCUAUAGCCAUGCUGUGGAUUCGGAUAUCUGAUAUUGCGGAAGAGAUGAGACGUAAAAAGAUUGAAGCGGACUUGGGCGGUGGUUGGGCAACAGCAGACAGGAUGGACAAUCAAGGGAUGCAAAACCGACAAGAUUCUGCGUACUCAUCGUUGCAACAAUCACAGGGCCGUGAACAGCGGGAUUCAAGAGGCUCAUCGGCACAGGCUUCCUACAACGCAGCCCAGCCUCCUUCAAAUCCUGGAGAUGUCGACGCAUGGUUUGCUCUGGAGCCCGUGGGAAGGAUUCAAUUGACUUUGAGCUUCACUAAACAACUGAAAGACCGAAGACCCUUCGACAUUGGUCUCAACCGUAAAGGCGCCAUUCGCCAGCGCAAAGAAGAAGUCUAUGAGCUUUAUGGCCAUAAAUUUGUGCUCCAGCAGUUCUACAAUAUCAUGCGUUGUGCCCUUUGCGGGGAGUUUCUAAAAUACUCCGCCGGUAUGCAAUGCGAGGAUUGCAAAUAUACGUGCCACAAGAAGUGCUACUCCAAGGUGGUCACCAAAUGUAUCAGCAAAUCUAAUGCGGAAACCGACCCGGAUGAAGAGAAGCUCAACCAUCGUAUCCCACACAGAUUCGAGAACUUUUCCAACAUGGGGGCCAAUUGGUGCUGCCAUUGUGGCUACAUCCUGCCACUUGGUCGCAAAAACAAGAAAUGCUCUGAAUGCGCUCUCAGCUGCCAUGCACAAUGCGCUCACCUUGUGCCUGACUUCUGCGGCAUGUCAAUGGAAGUAGCCAACCAGAUCCUAGUACUUUCGCGAGAAACCAAGAAUUUGCAAGGACAGCGACCUUCCAAACCCACAAAUCUGAGCGAAAGGACCUUGAGGCCAAGCGCUGGACGCCCAAGUCCUGCCCCUCAACCGUCUUUUAGACCAGCGCCAGUAACAGAACAGCUCAGCACGCCGGCUACCGACCCCCGAAGGUCACACGGUCAGGAAGAGCAGCUGUAUAGCCAGCCUCCUCCAGCUCCACAGUAUGGAGGACCAUCGAGCGCAGCUCAGAAUGCUGCCAAGAAUGCAACAUAUAGUGGCGAGGGCCUGCCACAGCAACGUCGACCUCAGCAGCCUCCCCGCACUGCUUCGUCCCAAGCGGCCAUUGCCGCUUCUAAGGUCAUGGGUGUCAACAACAACAAGAGACUGUCAUCGCCCAGAUCGAAUACAACCACUGACUUCAGCUCACUUUCUGGCAUGCCCGGUGCAGGCUAUCCAUCUAUGGAUGAAGGGCCACAACAACCUCCGCAAGCCACCUAUAAUCCGAAAGACUAUGCAGGCUACGGUGGUUACCCUUCGCAAGCGCCUCCUGCCUCUGUCGUCCAGCCUCCACAACAGCAGCCCAUUUUCCAAGAGCCAACCAGAACACAGCAACAAAACCAGCAAGUCGUCAAGGCGCUACCUGCAAGCGAAGCCGCCCCUCAACAGGGUAUGGGAAGGCGCAUUGGGCUUGAGCACUUCAAUUUCCUUGCUGUGCUCGGGAAGGGUAACUUUGGUAAGGUUAUGCUGGCAGAAACAAAAGCUACAAAGAAGCUUUACGCCAUCAAGGUCCUUAAGAAAGAGUUCAUCAUCGAGAAUGAUGAAGUAGAGAGCACGAAGUCAGAGAAGAGGGUGUUCUUGGUUGCAAACAAGGAACGCCAUCCGUUCUUGCUAAAUCUUCAUGCGUGCUUCCAGACGGAAACUCGGGUAUAUUUCGUUAUGGAAUACAUCAGCGGUGGAGACCUUAUGUUGCACAUCCAACGUGGGCAGUUUGGGAGCAAACGCGCACAGUUCUAUGCGGCUGAGGUCUGCCUAGCUCUAAAAUAUUUUCACGAAAACGGAGUCAUCUACCGCGACCUUAAACUCGACAACAUAAUGUUGGCUUUGGAUGGUCACAUCAAGGUUGGUGAUUACGGUCUCUGCAAAGAAGAGAUGUGGUAUGGGUCAAGCACAAGCACUUUCUGUGGGACACCAGAGUUCAUGGCACCAGAGAUCCUACUUGACAAAAAGUACGGACGGGCUGUCGAUUGGUGGGCAUUUGGGGUCCUAAUCUAUCAAAUGCUACUGCAGCAGUCCCCAUUCCGAGGGGAAGACGAAGAUGAGAUUUACGAUGCCAUUCUGGCAGAUGAACCGUUAUACCCAAUUCACAUGCCACGAGACUCAGUGUCGGUCUUACAGAAGCUGUUAAUGCGCGAGCCAGAAUUGCGGCUAGGGUCUGGUCCCACUGAUGCUCAAGAAAUCAUGAGCCAUGCAUUUUUCAGGAACAUAAAUUGGGACGAUAUCCGAGACAAGAAAGUUGCACCUCCCUUCCAACCACAGAUCAAGAACCCUACGGAUACCAGCAACUUCGAUUCCGAAUUUACAAGCGUUACGCCUGUGCUUACGCCGGUCCAGUCUGUUUUGACGCAAGCAAUGCAAGAAGAGUUCCGAGGCUUUUCAUACUCGGCAGACUUCAUAUAA